UAGGGACAUACAUUAUAAUGUGCUGACAGGACUCAUCUCUAUACACAAAGGAUCUUCGGGAUUACGUUCAGUUGGAUUGGAUUACUAUACAUGUGAGACCCGUCUUCUCGUGAUGACGAUAUGGGGUCCAUUGUCAGACGCAAACGUCGCCUCAAGUUAGCCGUCACCGCGACGCUGACGUCAUGCGUGCUGUACAUUGUUGUUCAAGCCUCAUUCCAAAUUUUUGACAGACACGAGAUUCAUUUUUCAGAUGACUGGAUACCGAGAAGAAAUAUCAAACAAUUCGGUAAUAUACAUUUGGAAAACAAGACAUUUGCAUUCAUGAUUCCCCAAACUUAUGUCAAGCGCAGAAACAGAAUGAUUGACAGCUGUGUGUCACUACCACCAAAACCGAGUAUGUACGGGGAAGAGUUGUUCCGGCAGCAUCUGCUGGUCGACAGAGGGCGCCAUCUUGUUUUCUGUGGGAUAGAGAAAGUUGGACUAACGUUUUGGCGGAGGUUCUUUUCUAUUCUCAACGACGCCCACAAAUCCAGCCCAUUUGAUAUCCGGGCAUUUGACGCCUAUAUACCAGGAACUGUCGAUACUAUGUACAACAAGACUAUGAGAGAAUACAACCACGUGAUGACGUCUUCAUUAUCCGUUAUGUUCUCGCGAGAUCCGUUUGAAAGAAUAUUUUCGGCAUAUGUCGACAAAUUUGUUUCCCCGAACAUCAAUUUCUGGAUAGAUAAAGGAACAGGUAUUAUUCGUAAAUAUCGAAAGUUUCCAGAGUUUAGCAGUUUACGAUGCGGAAAUGACGUCACUUUUGCAGAAUUUGUAAAAUAUGUUGUAAACCAUGCACACGGCCAGGAGAAAGUGGACAGUCAUUUUGUAACAAUAACAGAACACUGUCGCCCAUGUCAUAUCCGGUAUGACGUCAUAGGAAAGAUGGCGACAUUCUACAAUGAUACUAUGUUUUUAAUACGUACUGUAGGUCAUACAAAGAUGCGCGAUAAACUUCAAGAUCAAUUUAUUGAUGCAUAUGUAAGAGAUCAAUUCUCACACAGCGUGGAUUUGUUGUUUUUCUACAAAAGAGACCUUGUCGAUCGUCACAAAUGCGUGCCGAGUUUCCAUACGGCUCAGCAGCGGAUGUGGCGCGCGCUUCAACUGCGCGGGUUGAUAAGUUUGGAAACUAAAUAUCCAAUCAAAAGAAGUGAACGUGAUGAUAUCAGCAAGGACCAGUUACUACAAGUAUUGUUUAAUAGUUUGAAGGACAGAGUACCACGUGUUCACAAGAAAGACGCCAUGUUUGAAGCGUAUGCCUCUGUCGACUUUGUAGACUUGCACAAGCUCCGAGACGUAUUUAGAUCAGAUUGUGAUCUGUUUGAUUAUGACUGUUCACCAUCAAGUAUAUUUAACCAAUCGAUACCAAGGAAAUAUCCAGACAGGUUCUUUAAUUUUGAGUGAUUAAACAGCUCGAACUUGGUUUGAAUAUUUCGCAUACGAAAAUGUAGACGCCACGAUGUGCAGUUUCCUUAAAUAGGACCUUUUCAUUCUUUUAAGACAUUUUUAAAAGAACGAAACCAAAUGACAAAAUAUACGAAAACAAAAAAUCGAACACAUUUCGACAAAGUUUUAAGUAUAUCACCGUUACGGCUGUUACUCGUUUAUCACAUAAUUAUAAACUUUUUAGUGUCAUGUAUCUAGUUAAGACGGAGGAUGACAGUAAACAUCUGCAGCCAAAUCGUAUUAUGUUCACUCACUCACAUGUUGAGAUAGAUAAUUAUACAAUAUUGUAGCUGGACAUCCCAGUGAGAAUCAAUUUUUAUCUAUAAAACGGGUAUCGUUUUCAUUAACGGAGCACUUAAAUAGAUUAACUGCAUUAGUUUCUUUGAUGUCGUGGGACUGUUAUUGUCCGAUAUGAGAAGUUUAUCUAUGAUGUUUUAAACUUUGAACAUAUCUUUUAACAUAUCUUUAACUUUAGUAUUUUGACACACCUUAUCACGUUUCGUAAGAGAUCACGUGACCUUACAGUCGUGCAAGAUCCUUAUAUGGUAUGUUGACAUCUGUAACACGACGUUCCGGGUUUUUUUUUCUCUUGUUCAGAGAGCAGCUCUGUGUACCGCGGUAUCUAUGACA